GCUCUCCAACCGCAGAGCCGACAGAGGCAGAGCUGCUGUCAUCUCUAACUUAGCUCAGCUGAUCAGUUGCUGCCGCCGCCGCCGCCAAAUUCCAGAGGCAAAGAACAAGAAGCUGAGAGACCAGCCAUGGACGUGAAUAUCCCCCCGCUCCGAGCCUGGGACGAUUUCUUCCCAGGUUCUGACCGCUUCGCCCGGCCGGACUUCAGGGACAUUUCUAAAUGGAACAACCGCGUGGUGAGCAAUCUGCUCUAUUAUCAGACCAACUACCUGGUGGUGGCUGCCAUGAUGAUUUCUGUUGUGGGGUUCCUGAGCCCCUUCAACAUGAUCCUCGGAGGAAUUGUGGUGGUGCUCGUGUUCACGGGGUUUGUGUGGGCAGCCCACAAUAAAGACAUACUUCGCCGCAUGAAGAAGCAAUACCCCACAGCCUUUGUCAUGGUGGUCAUGUUGGCUAGCUACUUCCUCAUAUCCAUGUUUGGAGGGGUCAUGGUCUUUGUGUUUGGCAUCACUUUUCCUUUGUUGUUGAUGUUUAUCCAUGCAUCAUUGAGACUUCGAAACCUCAAGAACAAACUGGAGAAUAAAAUGGAGGUAAUAGGUUUGAAGAGGACACCAAUGGGCAUUGUCCUGGAUGCCCUGGAACAGCAGGAAGAAAACAUCAGCAAACUCACUGACUAUAUCAGUAAAGUGAAGGAAUAAACAUAGUUGACCUGGUGAUAGGGCUGCAGAAGUCGAAUUGCAGUUUGCCCUUGUCCAGACCUACUUUCCGUUUGUAAUUUUGAAAUAGGAGGUGCACAUACCAUCCAACGAUCUAUGGCAUCAUGCAUGUGUAGGCCAAACUGUUAAUAUCUCUGAUGUUAUAGAAGAAGGCCUCAGAAACUGAAAGAAACCACCCUCCUAGUAUGUCGAAGUUUCAACUACAUUUAUGAAAACUGGUAGGAAAUGGAGCACACAUAUUUUUAGGGGAAUAAAAGAAAAUAAAAGAAUUGUGGAUUGUACAGCAAUGAUACUGUUAUCUUGUAGAGAAAAAAGUCAUUAUUAAGUGUCAAGGCAAUAUGAGUAAAUGAAAAAAGACUGUUAAAGUAGCUGAUGUCAUGCAUUUGCCUGUUUAAUCCCCUCCAGCAUCCUCCUCCAAAGAUAUUCCCCAGGAUUGUAGUAUGUGGAGUAUAGUUUUUAUUAUUCUUUUAAAAUCAGAAAUGAUCUCUAUCACCUUGCCUCCUAUCUGACGUGCAGUGGAAAUGGGAUAAACCAGUUGUUUAUAUUUUGUUUACAAAUAUAAAAAUAGCUGUUUAGGAGAAUAUUUUGUCAAUUUUUUGUAAAUUUUUGAAAUGCUAGUAAUGUGUUUUCACUAGCAGGUAUUUGUUGCAAACUGAAUGUCAUCUUCCUUAAGGAGGUGACAGCUGUGUAAUCUGUAUUGCUCUUUACGUCUUGUUAAAAACAAACAAACAAAUAAAACGAGUUCUGUUUAUAUUGCACAUUUUUUGUUGUUAUAACAAAAAGGUGUCCAAGAUAAUGUUUCCUAUAUUUUUUCAUUGUUUAAUUUUAACUGGAACAUUUAGAAAGAAGAAAAAAUGAAUGUGUAUGUUAUUAAUUCCUUAGGGGCACAAAGAGGACAAUAAUAUCUGAUCUUUUGAAAUCUGAAAAGCACCUUUAGAUGACCAAGCAAAACGACUUUUAAAAAUGGGAAUGAAAAUAGGAGUGAUCACCGGUUUCUGCAAUUCAUAAAACUUUUAGAUAGCAGUUGUUACAACCAUGUUUUUAUAGAUAGACAUUAGAAUUAAGAUAGCAUAUGUUUAUAUAUUGUUACUUUCAUCCUUUCAUUUCCCAUGUGUUUAGAAAUAGAUUAUACAUGUGUUUUGCUUGCCAUUUGAAUGAUUUCAUAGAUGAAUAGAAAACAUUUAGGUUUCUCUUACAUUUAAUUAUGAAGACAAUUGGAACAGUACUUCUUGAAGAGACUCUGUAUGUCCUAGAAUAAGCAAUAGAACAUGCUGCUCCUGAUUUUUCUUAUAUUUUCCCAGCCAACCUACUAGCACAGUGAUACCACCAUGACUUCACAGACGUGGUCUAGGAAUUGUACUCUUACCCAAAUAUGAAGAAUAAAACUUAUCAAAGGUA